UGGCGGAGUGUCGCUCUCAGUGCCAGUGAGACAGGUCGUGUUUCUCGUUCCUCUACCUUUGUGUGUCUUGAUUAUCCAACUUGGCAGUGCCAGUGUUUUAUUUAACUCAUCGCCGUGACCUAUCGCAUCUCCUACGUGCUGUGACGUCGCCUGUGACAGCCAAAGAUCAUCCUUAAGAGCCGAGAGCGAAAGCAAGAUACUGUGAUGGCUGUUGGUGGAUAGACUAAACCCGCCGGCAGGGCGACCUGCAAAACCCACGCCCACUUAGUGUACGCCCACCUUCCCUCCUGACGCCCCCAGUCUCCCUACCAAGUGUUGUGCUCAGAACCCAUGAUCCAAAGUUCCGUGUUCUCAAAGUGAAGCAGAAAAAUGAAUAGUGAUUUAUAGUGAAUUAUAUGUGUUUGGAACCGACGAAGCCCCGUGAGAAAGUGUCGAGCUGCGCCGGGCUCUCGAGGCCUCGUGUGAGUGACCGGUGGUUGUGAAUGUUGGUUGUGCACGGGCGCGUGACGAGCGAGGGGAGCACACGGGCGGGGCAGUGCUAUAACCGCCUACGGGUGGAGUGCGAGGAGGCGUGCGUGACGGGUCGUGGGCGCGAGAGGUUGCUUUUCUCGAAGCCCUAGCUAUGCUCUCUGCGCCCGCCCCUUGAGCAGGCAUGGGUGGGUCACCAGCUGUGCUCCUGCUUACAUGAUGGGUAUAUUGGGCGUGUGAGAAAUUGGGCUGACGCGGGCGUGAGGGCCCCGUGGUGUGGGUGGGCAUGGCUCGGCGGGGCGGCGACGCGGCCAAGCAGGUGGUGGUGUCUGUGGUGGGCGUGUCGGGCGGCGAGAGGGAGAAGGGCGUGACGGGCCUGGGCAAGUCGUGCUUGUGCAACCGCUUCACCAAGCACCAGGCCGACCAGUACUACGUGGACCACAUCUCCGUUCUCUCGCAGACGGACUUCAGUGGUCGUGUGGUGAACAAUGACCACUUCUUGUACUGGGGUGAAGUGACCCGCACGGCUGACGAUGGCAUCGAAUUCAGCUUCCAGGUCAUUGAACAAACAGAGUUCAUUGAUGAUGCGUCGUUCAUGCCUUUUAAAGCUGGGAAAAUGGACCCAUACAUCAAGAGAUGUUGUGCUACAAAGAUACAGUCAGCAGAGAAACUUAUGUACAUUUGCAAGAACCAGCUAGCUGGGAAAAUGGACCCAUACAUCAAGAGAUUUGAAAAUGUCAAUGUAGACACUGCGUUUAUGACAUUAGCACAUUUGGUAGACAGAAAUCGAGGACGAAUUCGUAUUGUUCCCUUCUAUGAGGCAGCCAGACAUAGAAAGGAAAUUCUAGAUUUGGCGACAGAUGCCUUCCAAAGAUUAGUGCGCACUCAUGUUCUGGACUACCGGUCUGUAUGGGCCUCAACUAGUAAAAAACUUGCUCAAAGCCCUGAUUUUGUACACUAUGUGGACCUCUUUGGUAUGGACCAAGCGGCCAAACUGUUCCGUCGACACGUCAAGAAGCUCAAAGACGAAUACCUCCAGAGAAAAGUGGAGGCGUACAUGGACAUGCUGCCAUCCAUCCUGCGAGAAUUCUUCCCAGAUCUGCAAAGUUUGGAGGACGGGGAUUGGUUAAGUAUACAGCAGAGGAUAAGUGAACACCCGGACUUUGACCGCUAUUUCCUCCGCUGCAACAAAGAUAUCCCUUGGUCGGAAAACACUGACCUUUUAGAUUCAGCUGACACGCGUAUUCCCUUCGAUGUUCUCGACUCCAAUGAAGCAGAGACGGUGUUCAAGAAUCAUGUCAAUGCACUACAAGCAGAGUUAGAGAUGAGAGAGAUGCGAGACAAAUUCAAGAUUCUUCUGAUGGAGACUGGAUAUGUUACGCCUGGGAAGAGGCUCGACGAAGUGCGUGUCCUGUUUAUGGGUAGAGAAAGCUUUGACUCCCUCUCAGAACACGAUAGACAAUUUAUUUAUGAACAACACCAAAAGGACAUUACUGAAAAAGCAAGACAAAAUUUCCAUGAGUUGUUAUUAGAGCAGGCUGAACUUUUUUACCAUGUGAAGAGUCUUGCACCUACGGGCACUAUUACUCAAGAAGACAUUCGUGAAAUUACUCAAACAUUACAAGAAGACAGCAGAUACAAAGCUUUAGACAGGUUAGAGAGUGAGAGAACUUUACUGCUACUCCAACAUCUAGGUUUUGUCCAUUGUCCGAAAAAAGAACAUUGUCCAUCCUUCCCGAACUGUAUGGACUGCCUCAUUGAGAAGAUUAUUGCCAACAAAGCUGCCAGUAAUAGUCGUCCAGGUUCAGGUACAUGGAGUGGGAAGAAUCUGGAUUACGGAGUACGGAUGGAUUCUCAAGUGAAUUUGGUUCUUCUUGGCAACCACGGCCUAGCAGAAGACCUCCAGAAUGUUAUUCGGUCUGUUUGUGAAGACGAUGAAUUUGAACUCGACAAUCAGAUCUUCUCCUUAGACUACCGCAGCAUAGAUGGGGAUGUUUCACUGCCACAAAACUCCUUCAAGACCCCAGAAUUCUCUCCACAUGGUGUUGUAUGUGCAUACAGUAAUGAGGCAUCAUUGGAGUAUGUUAGAGAAUCAUUAGAAAAGUCACUCUUAACGCAACUGGAAAGUGAGGAAUCCACUCCAACUCCUCCCAUCACCGUCCUAUUUGCUCCUGACCCGGACCUGGACCACAAUGCAGCACAGCACCUGCAUGACGAGGGAGCAAAGUUGGCAGACAGUCCCCCUGGCAGCUUGCAAUGCACUUUCCUGGACGUUGGUCUGAGUGUUGGGGGCGGCGAAGGGCGGAGGUUCGACAGCAGUUUGGUCACGAAGGCGCUUCGCUCCUUAAUCACCAGUAUACAGCAUCGCAAUCACUCCCUCAAUAUCUUCAAUUCUGCAACAUUACCCAGAGAUUCACAGCCAGAUAUCAGAAUCAUAAUGUGCAUGUUAUGUGGAGACCCUUACUCAGUGGAGAAUGUGUUGAGCCCACUACUAAGUCACCAGUGGUGUAUUGUAACUGGCGAACAAUCCAUCUCACUACAAACAUUCCUAGAUGACUGCAAGCGUCGUGUGGAGGUAAUAGUGUCGUCCUACCAUGGUGCCAAUGCUUUCCGCGAAGAGUUGGUUCAUGGUUUCAUCCUUGUGUACUCCACCAAGCGCAAGGCUUCACUAGCUACACUCAGGGCAUUUUCUGCAAACAUUCCCAAUCUUCCUAUCCAGAUUCUGGCAAUGACGGACACGAGCAGUGCUUCUGCAUUUUUUGGAUCUGAUAUUUCACAACAACUGAUUACUGAGGGUAAUGCCAUAGCUGACAGACUACAGGCACAUUUUAUGACAUCUACUGCAACUUGUCAGCAAAAGACUGCUUUCUACACGCCAUUCUUCAAGGAGGUGUGGGACAAGAAACCAGAAAUUGAGCAGGCCUUCAACAUGGAGGAUCCCUCUGGCCUUGAUGACUCUGGGGAAGGCACGCUGGAGCGUCCACCCCAUCACCACCACAGGAGCAUCACGCUGCCACCACCAAGACGAAGCCUCCCACCCAGAUCCCAGUCUGCGGAAGGUUCAGAGAUCUACGAGACUGUGCCAACAGAUGUUUCUUUAGGGGAUGACCUGGAUGAGCCUCUCUCACCAGUAUUCCCAGAUGACCAGCCUCUCACACCUUCGGAUGACUCGGAUAUCUAUUCCCACAUUGAUAACGACGAAGAGGAACACCUCAUGAAACCCUCGCAACUCAAGAAGCAUCAGAGAUUUCAGCAAGAAUUAUUCCGUCAAUCAUAUCCGAGCACAGAAUCUCUGCCCACAACUGUGUCUUCCCGCUCCAAGGUUUCCACCCAACCCUCUGACCUGGAGCCCACGUACCCCCCCUUGCCACCAUACCCACCCCUACCUCCUUCGGCAUCUCCACCACCUUAUAGUUAUGUCACACGUGACCACUCCUUCGACGGUGGGAGUGGGGGACAGUACAACCAACGGGAUGGGGCUGCAUCCCCAUCCCAGCGUGACCGUCCCCCUCCCCCAUAUUCUUUUGCUCCACGCACCUUACCCCAUGACAUGAAUAAACCCCAGCCCGCCCCUAGACACCAGUUCUUUAAGGCAGAGAGUUUGACGCUAGACCAUGGGGCCUCUGACCGAGACUACCUCAUGAUACGAGAACGUGUGGACAGGGGCUGGGUGGAUGAAAGUGUAUGCUCCCGGCGGCACGAGGACUUCUGGGGUGAAGGCUACGGACCCCAGUCCUUUACCACUGGCCGACGUGGUAAACUCCCCCCACCUCCAACCAAGCCACGACCCAAGGCCAGCCAGACCCUCAAAACGUUCCAGACGCUGAGUGAGGCAGUAUGUCAGGUCACGAACAAGCAACCUGGCAAACUAAACCUUAAGGCCUAUAGCAACGUGACUGACGCAAUUGGCAAAAUAAACCUCAAAGAUGCGGGCCUACACUCUAAACUAACCAAAGUGGGGUCAGUGCACGCGCCCCUUGCCACCCCUGAGAAUAUGGACCUAGGCCCUGAUUACGCCGCUCAGGUCAAGGAUGCUGUGCCAGGCCUGUACUACGAGGCGGGAGACUAUGGCUAUUCCCGAGUGCAAGAAAUACCACAGGCUGUCAGCACCAAAACUCGAAGACAGCGAAGGGAGAAGGGGCGGCAAGCGUACUCGGACUCAGACUCCGAAUGGAGUUCCCUUGAGCGGCGGCGUAGUACAGAUUCCUACAAAGUCAACCGCAAAGCCGUGCCCAAGAGGAUGAAAAAGAAGCGCCUCCCGAUACCCGUAGCUGCCCCCCGUGUGCCCCCCCUUCCCUCCUUCUAUGUUGCCGAGGGAGGACCAGGCACUCGCUAUUCGGAUGAGAGGCUAUUGCUCGACCCCUGUGAGAAAGUGGUGAGUGGGUCAGCUUCGGAUGAUUCUGACGCCACAGACAGAGAGGACCCGGCUGCCGCGCGCUCCAAAUAUAAACCUCAGAAACGCUCAUUUCAAUUUAAAAAGAAGACGGGAGGCAGGGAAGGCGUGGCAGUGCGCCCCCCAGUGGUUCCCCCACUGCCCCCCACACACCCACCGCCCCACCCUCCUACCUCCCACCCACGCAUGGGGCUGGCUGCCACCCCCCACCACAACCCCCUCUCGUACCCAAUGGCCGCCCAGCUUCCCCCAGACACCGACUUAUUCUCCCCCUCAUUUGCCCCAGGCAAGCUAGAGGGUGACCACAUGUACCGCGUAAUCCCUGAGGAUGACUCCAGCUUAGAGGUGUCUUCCCCAAGGGACCAACAAUCUCCGAUCCUCCCCCCCGGAGCACCCCAGCGCAAGGAGACGGACAAAACAGCGCGUCGGAAGCAAGAGAAGUUGCGUUCGCGUGAAGAAGCAAGGCAACGUGAAGAAGAGCGUAAACGUGCAAAGGACGAAGAGAAGUUGAAGAAAGCAGCGGAGAAAGAGAAGGAAAGAGAGAAGAAGAAAGCAGCCAAGGGGUCCUCCAAGAGUGCAGCCAAGGGACCUCCUCAGCCGACCCUGGAGGACUUUGUCCAGAAUGCAGAGCGACCGGUGCCACUCUUCCUUGAGAAGUGUGUGGCAUUCAUAGAAGUUGAGGGACUCGAUUCUGAGGGAAUUUAUCGUGUUCCUGGCAACAAGGUCCAUGUGGAGCAGCUCACCACAAAGUUCAAAGAAGACAGCAGCGUGAACUUUGCUGAGCUAGACAUUCCAGUAAAUGCUGCUGCUACAGCUCUGAAAGACUACCUGAAACAGUUGCCACCAUUACUGCCACAGAACCAGCUCCUUGAGCUGACUACAAUUGCUAGUAAGUAUCUGAUACACAAACUUUUAACUUUUUUCCCCUCCAUUACCCUUUCCUUUUCCCUUCCUGUUUCCUUUGGUGCUAACGUUCGGUACGUCACUGUUGUAGCGUACUCGGACUCAGACUCCGAAUGGAGUUCCCUUGAGCGGCGGCGUAGUACAGAUUCCUACAAAGUCAACCGCAAAGCCGUGCCCAAGAGGAUGAAAAAGAAGCGCCUCCCGAUACCCGUAGCUGCCCCCCGUGUGCCCCCCCUUCCCUCCUUCUAUGUUGCCGAGGGAGGACCAGGCACUCGCUAUUCGGAUGAGAGGCUAUUGCUCGACCCCUGUGAGAAAGUGGUGAGUGGGUCAGCUUCGGAUGAUUCUGACGCCACAGACAGAGAGGACCCGGCUGCCGCGCGCUCCAAAUAUAAACCUCAGAAACGCUCAUUUCAAUUUAAAAAGAAGACGGGAGGCAGGGAAGGCGUGGCAGUGCGCCCCCCAGUGGUUCCCCCACUGCCCCCCACACACCCACCGCCCCACCCUCCUACCUCCCACCCACGCAUGGGGCUGGCUGCCACCCCCCACCACAACCCCCUCUCGUACCCAAUGGCCGCCCAGCUUCCCCCAGACACCGACUUAUUCUCCCCCUCAUUUGCCCCAGGCAAGCUAGAGGGUGACCACAUGUACCGCGUAAUCCCUGAGGAUGACUCCAGCUUAGAGGUGUCUUCCCCAAGGGACCAACAAUCUCCGAUCCUCCCCCCCGGAGCACCCCAGCGCAAGGAGACGGACAAAACAGCGCGUCGGAAGCAAGAGAAGUUGCGUUCGCGUGAAGAAGCAAGGCAACGUGAAGAAGAGCGUAAACGUGCAAAGGACGAAGAGAAGUUGAAGAAAGCAGCGGAGAAAGAGAAGGAAAGAGAGAAGAAGAAAGCAGCCAAGGGGUCCUCCAAGAGUGCAGCCAAGGGACCUCCUCAGCCGACCCUGGAGGACUUUGUCCAGAAUGCAGAGCGACCGGUGCCACUCUUCCUUGAGAAGUGUGUGGCAUUCAUAGAAGUUGAGGGACUCGAUUCUGAGGGAAUUUAUCGUGUUCCUGGCAACAAGGUCCAUGUGGAGCAGCUCACCACAAAGUUCAAAGAAGACAGCAGCGUGAACUUUGCUGAGCUAGACAUUCCAGUAAAUGCUGCUGCUACAGCUCUGAAAGACUACCUGAAACAGUUGCCACCAUUACUGCCACAGAACCAGCUCCUUGAGCUGACUACAAUUGCUAGUACAGGCAUUGGUGACCGCAGUCUAAGACUUUUGAGGCUGAAGGAGAUGCUAACAGGCCUCCCUUCAGUCAACUUCGAGGUUUUGAAGUUCAUUUUCCAGCACUUUGUCAGAGUUGCUGAAAACUGUAAAUUGAACUCCAUGGAUAGUAAAAACCUUGCCAUCUGCUGGUGGCCAACAUUGUUACACACACUGCAGUUUACAGACAUCAGUGAAUUUGAAUCUCAGCGUCCGCACAUCGAAGAUAUAAUUCAAACUAUGAUUGACCAAUUUCCUUUCCUAUUCCAAGGAAAAGAGGAUUAUGUCAUGGUCUGAUAUUAACCAGCGUUUUCCUGGUAAACAUAACUUCAUUUGUUUACAUUCAGCUGUGCUUUGGUCUGACAAAUCAAAGUGUGGCUCUUGAUAAACAAAAAAGGUUAUGUUUAGCAUGAAAACUUGACCCUAACUCCCCGCAGCCUCUGUUGCUGCAUGUCAUUUUCCCAUGAGCCAGGAGUGGUAGUGCCACAUUUGCCUCUGUGUGGCAUUUUCUGAUCACCAUGGCUCCUUCUGGUUGCUAACUUAGACGCUAACAGCCACAACUUGAUGGGGCAAUGCUUCAUGACAACAGAAACCUGGGUACUUAUCCCACAGUGGCAAGUGUAAUGAACUACAUGCCACUGUGGCAGUGUUAGGAGCAUUAAGUCAAUGUUGUGGCUCAGUGUUACUGUUGGCUGCCCUGAACUAUAUGCCAGUUCAGAAAGUGAUCAGUAUCCUAUUAUCUAAGACACACAAGUAGUGUGUGCUGUGUAUCAUAGAAAUGACAACCAAAGAAAAUUAUCUUCCAAUUUAGUGGAAUGAUAAAUAUGAUUGUGAUUAAAUCAAGCAAACUAGAUGAAUAUUAAAAAUAAAAAACAAAAAAAAAGUGUCAAAUUGUUGUAUCAGCAAUAUUGACUGUAGAUAUAAACUUGAGUCACCUUUCCAUUAAAAUAAGUCUCUUUUACUCUGCCAGAAGAAAACCACAGAAGUUCUGUAUGCAGAUGAAGGUUAUUAUGAUCAUAGUUUACCAAAUCUGACGAAUGAAUGUCUGUAGUGAGUGUUGUCAGGCCAGCAUUGAAACAGUAUUUUCCCUCUGGGAUUUUGAGAGAGAGAGAGAGAGAAAGAGAAAAAAAAAAACUUGUAGAACUAAAUGAUGAAAGGAAUAAAAUACAUUUUAUAGUAGAAAAACUAUUUCAGGAUUUUAGUGUUAUGAUAAACUAACAUUGGAUUGUUGACAAAUGUAAAUUAAUGCAGCUUACAGACUGUUAAAUGGUGAGUACUCUUCUCAUGAGCGUAGCAUACGAGUACUUAUGGAUAGCAUAAGAGGUAGCCUAAUGCCAGGCUGGAACUCAUGAGUUACAGCCAGAGCUUUUAGUCACAGAUUAAGCUCAUGUUCCAUGUUGUGUCUCCAGUACCAGACAAGAUGCCAGUACCUAUGUGGUAUCUGACAUUCCAGCCUGUCACACAGUUAUCGAGUGCCAUCAUGUAGAUUUGAUCAUUUUCAAAAGACUUGAUUAACAGUUUAAAAUAGAUUGUUUUUAUUGGGGUAAAGUUUAACCUGCAGCCUGGUGCUUUCUGAGCAGAGUCCAGCACAUACAAGGGAGUGAAAGUUCUUGCCCUGCCACAGUUGGUGCCACAGAGGAAGGGUUCCAUCAUGUCAGUACUUGGUAGAUGGAGCAGCAUCUUCUAAUGGCAGUGGCACGUGUUCCCUGGGAAGACAUUUCCCUCGCCGAAUUGUGUGUCGCUUCCCGGGAGGACUGUCACUCAGCACACAAUGUCUGGUGCCUCUCAGGGAGAAGUUUUGCCUCCCUGGUUAUAUCAGGUACCCCCAGCCCCUCCCAUCUACCCUUCCCCACUUCCCCUAGAGAAAGCUAGAAUUCCAACCCCAAUCCGCUGGAAUCAUUAAGGGUAACCCGUGGAGAGUUGCACUUGUCAGGCAGUGUCAGAUGAUCCCUAAGGGAGUUGCAGUGCAGUUCAGUUUAAGGAAAGAAUAAUCUUGGUGGUGGUGUCUGGUGCUUUUAUUAUAUCCAGUCACCUGGCACUCUGGAGGUGCCCCCUUAGGAGCAUCAUCUCACCAAAUUACUGGCAUUGUCGUGUGAAGUGAUCCCUCCUGUGGAUUUUCCAGUCCUUCCUGGGUAAAGUCCCAGCUCCCUGGCAGUGUGCAUCACUCUCAGGACAGUGUGGGUGGAGUCCCAUAGUCACAUGUAUUUACCUGCUGUGACAGGAGCUCACAUAUCAAAUUGUUGAGUCUGGUGGCGUUAAGCAUUCCAGUGUACAGCAGUGCUGCUUCUCACUUGUGGAUCAUCAUUUAAACGUUCUCAUAACGUUAGCAUCCUGCCAAGUUAUAUCAGCAUUUGCGAGGGGAAUCACUUUGUAACCUCAUUUUCAUUGCACAAGCACAUCAUCGAGUUGUGUCUGUGUACCUCCAGUGUUGCUACUGUAAAAGAGAUUGAUAUUUUGAUUAUUGUCUAGUGAUCUGGCUGGUCGUUAUAAUACAUUUACUCUAUUCAAAUUUAGGAAAUCAAUUUUUUUAUAUAUAUAUAUAUUUCCUGUUCUGUCCUAGGUUUUAAGUCAUUCUUAAGCAUUAGCCAUAGGUUUGUUCACAUCAUAGUUUUUAUUUCUAUGAACUCUAUAUACAAAGAUGUGUUCUCAAAUUGACCAAAAAAUGCUUUGUUUAAAUAUGUACAAUAAGUGACUCAUUGUGUGGGGUCAGUAUGAACUGACAUUAUUACCUGUAUGAAUGAUAGUGCCAUAGUGUGCGGCAAGGACAGCAAACAGUGCCAACGCCAUUGUCGACGUUCUGUCUCAUUGUCUUGCUAGUUGCUCCCUGUUCUUUAUUUUGUUACUUUGCCUUGUUUAGUGUUAGCCACGUGGCUGCCAAGUGGUACUAUGUGUGAACUUAGCGCUAUUCUGUGUCAUGCAGCGUCGAGUGGUGGCAGGAGCAAGAACAAGAUGAGACAAGGGCAAUGAUCCCCCACAAAUAUCAGCACAAAUUACAAAGAGUUUCUCCAGGAAGUAAGCUUCCAAAUUAGCUGGUGCCAGCUUCCCAGCACCACAGUUGGGUGCCAGAUGUACAGCCUAUUGCAUAAUAUCUUCCUUGCCUUGUUUUUUUGUAGUCAAGCAGAUAUAAUGAUUUCAUGUUGAAAGAAAAUUAAUAUUUAUUGUACUGAUAUGACUAAGGAAAUUCAUUUUGAAUCAGUAAUGAGGAUUUUUCUUUUUGGCAGUUUUACUGCUGAUAAGUGAUUGCUAUGUAUAGAUGUGUAUGGACUCAAGUUGUCAUUUGGGCAGUUUUGUAAAUUACAAAUUUUCCAAGAAAGUUUUUAUUUGAGUUUCAUGCAGUUCAUAAGAUCAGUGAAGGUCACUUCAUGUGGUAUGGUUUAUUACUUUUCCUUCUGUUUUAUAUUGAUUUUAUUAUAGUUUUUAAAACCUAACUACCUGCAUAUAUAUUUUUUUUAACAUGAGUGUAGGGACUGGUUAUAUUAUGUAACUUAAACAGCAAAUGCUAGUCAACAUGCCCUGCCCACUCGACAGCAUCAUGUAAAUUUAUUAAUGUAUUGCACUACAUAUUCUUGAAUUCAUUGUAUAAAGUCUUACAGCUAUACAGACUUGUACAGCAUAUGUGACGAGUGAGAGAUUCCAUGUACAGUGGACAGUGAAAGGAGUUUUGAGGGUAGUAUACUAUAUAAUGCAUAUUUGGAUUAGUAUACUACUAACUAUGAAUAAAAGGCAUUUGCAUUUGA